AUGUGCAUUCUUUUUUGGCAUUUCAUAAUAACUCUUGCCUACUUUUGUUUUAUUUGUGCAGCGUCGAGAGGUUCUAUUUCUCCGUCAACUGCCAAAUGUGACACCUCAAAGCAAGGGUGGCUUCACCAAUGUCACCUAUGGGACUAUGAGGCUGAUGAACUGUUUCAUCUGGAAGCACAUGCCAGCAUCCAUACUGGCGAGAAGCCAUUUCAGUGUCCUUCAUGCCAUAGGAGCUUGCCAAACCGACACAAGUUAAGUGUUCACCUGCGCACCCACACAGGCGAGAAGCCAUUUGAGUGCCCUUCAUGCUCUCGGAGGUUUGCACGACAGGCCUACCUGAAAUCCCACCUGCGCACCCAUACAGGCGAGAAGCCAUUUGAGUGCCCUUCAUGCUCUCGGAGGUUCGCACAACAGGGCUACCUGAAAUCCCACCUGCGCACCCACACAGGCGAGAAGCCAUAUCAAUGCCCUUCAUGUUCUCGGAGCUUCUCACACAAGGGUCACCUGAAAGCCCACCUGCUCACCCACACUGGUGAGAAACCAUAUGAGUGCCCUUCAUGCUCUCGGGGCUUUUCAAACAGAUACGACUUAAGCGUUCACCUGCGUGCCCACACAGGCGAGAGGCCGUUUGAGUGCCCUUCAUGCCCUCAGAGCUUCUCACGAAAGGGCCACCUCAAAGACCACCUGCAAACCCACACAGGCGAGAAGCCAUUUGUGUGCCCUUCAUGCUCUCAGAGCUUCUCACACAAGCGUAACCUGAAAGUCCACCUGCGCACCCACACAGGCGAGAAGCCGUAUCAAUGCCCUUCAUGCUCUCAGGCCUUCUCACACAAGUCUCACCUGAAAGUCCACCUGCGCACCCACACAGGUGAGAAGCCAUAUCAGUGCCCUUCAUGCUCUCAGAGCUUCUCAUACAAGGGUCACUUGAAAGUCCACCUGCGCACCCACACAGGUGAGAAACCAUAUCAGUGCCCUUCAUGCUCUCGGAGCUUUUCACAAAAGAGCCACCUUAGGCAACACAUGAGACGAGAAGCCAUUUCAGUGCCCUUUAUGCCUUCAGAGAUUCUCGUUGAAGAAUGCCCUGAAGAUACACCAGCCCAUUCAUACAGGUGACCGGCCAUGUAGUUGCACCAUCUGCUCCAAGUCCUUUAUGCAGUCUCAUCACUAUUGCAGACAUAAGAGAUCACAGCACCAUGAUACUGUAGGAUAUGUCAACAACCAUGUUGAACGAGAGUCUGAAGUAUAAAUCUACAAAUGUGUA